AGCUUACAUCACUUGUCCGCUAGUACCGUUGCUACACACUCGCAAGUUCUAAGCGACGCCGCGCCUCUCCCGUCCUGUUAGAGAUGUAGCCGCCUAGACCCCGCGCCGCGUGAAACCACGGUUUAUAAUCGAUCCACGCGACAUAAUACCAUUAUACUAUUCCUGUAGAUUAUCUAUGUAGAUUAGUAGUUAGUUCUCACGUAUGUUAGUCUGUAGUCUGUACACUCCAGUUUUCAUCGACAUCAGCAUUGUACACUUGUGGUGGAGGCCGCGAUGGCGCACAUGUUCCGGAGCUCGCUGGCCAUCGCGCUUGGCGACGAACAGAAGGAGGAUGAAGGCAUGUCCCUGGACGAGGGCCGGCAGUCGCAGCGGCCGUACCGCUACGGCAUGGUGUUGCUCUGCGCCGGAGCUCUCAUCAACUGGCUGGGGCUGGCCGAGGACUACGCGGAGCCCGUGCGCUACGUGGGCGUGGCCUGCAUCGUGGCCGGCGCGCUGCUCAUCUGCGCCGCCAUGUGCUGCUGGCUGCAGUCGCCCGCGCGCCAGCCGCACCACGACCGCGCCUCGCCCGACACGCAUCAGAUCGACGACCCGAUCCACGUGAUCUCGAUGCCGGACGAGGAGACGAUGCAGCAGAAGCCGCCGGACUACGAGUCGGUGGCGGGCGCGCCGCCCACGUACGACGACGCCAUCAAGCUGAACCCGGCGCGGCUGCUGGCGGCCGGCGGCAGCGCGCCCCGCGACCUGCCGCCCCCCGGCGUGGUGCCCGACGACCCCGCGCCCGUGCACCGCGCCCGCGCCGUCCCCAAGACCCCCCCGCCCCCCUACCGCCCCGCGCACUCCAUCAGAUGAGCCCAGCCGCGCCCCCGACGCAGACCCGUGCUACUUUAAAUCGACUGCUGUUUCAUGCGAAGACACCUGUAUAUACUUAGCGGUACUCUGGAUUGAUAUCAAUCUGUUGGCGCUACUGCGCUCGUAAUGUACAGUUGCUCGAGAGUCUGCGCAUGGAACGACCGUUAUUUUGUAAGUUACCGAGCUUAGACGAGCGAUGUGUACUUAUGUGAUAUAUGUAGGCAGUUUGUAAUUACUUAUUAUGUUUAAAAGUUAUGUAAUGAACUGUUUAGUGUAAGGCAAGUAUUUUCUAAAAUAUGAAAUGGACAGAGGUCCGUAUCAGGCCUCUCGACAAGUAUUGUAGGAGUAUUGAUUGAAAAUAGGAAAUAAAAUUUUCUUCCAGACUGUAAAUUAGUAGUCUCUUUGACGAUGUAAUGGAAUACCCAUGAACCAGUACACGGCAGGUGACGCCGAUCAAGACUCAGUAGAAGAUUGUUUUCCUUAAGUGUAUUUUCCUGAUCAUUAUGCGAGUUAGUAGUAGCACUGUGCCAUUACAUUUAAUUAUGUAAUUAUCUAACUGUUCACUUUAUGUACUGUAUAACUGUUUAUCCGACCAGCGUAAUCAAGUGGUAGAUAAGAAAUUAUUUUAGAAAAAUGUGAUAAUCUUAACUAAUUUAUUUAAAUUUAAGAACUUCACUUUACAACUGAAUUAAAAUUGCCGAUUUUGCAAAAAAUCUAGUCUACUACAUAAUAAAAGUAUCCACUCUGUUGAUUUUUGUGGGUACCUUACUUGAUAUUUUUUGUAAUUUGUACACAUUUUGUCUGCACAACUACAUUAUAUAUAUUUCACCUUCUUUCGACAUGACUGCAGUUGGUUUAAAGUUUAAAUUCAUUGUUACAAACCUACCCAACCUUUUCACAACAUCGAAAACUCAUCGCUAACUCACUGCCUGAAAAAAAACUGUUGGCCUUAGGUACUUUUAAUAUUAAUUACUAAGUUGGAAUCACCAUCAAGCAAUAAUAUUAAUUAAUGUUUACCUACUUUAAGAAGUGUAAAAUAGCGAUAAUGUCUAAACGAGUUAUAAUUAACCUGCCUUUUAGCAUAAACCAGUUUUGUCAUAAAUGGGACCAAAUACCUAAUUUCCUAUCCCUAGCCAUUUCCAAAAUGUAUAAAAUUAGUUUUGUAUUGAAUAAUGAUGAUGAGUGUGUCGGACUGCAAGUGAGCCUCAUAGAUUUUACAAUGCUGAAGUUGUGCAUUUAUUAUUUGUACAUUGUACAAAGAUGAAAGUUAGGAGUGUACAUAGAAAAUAAAUGUUGUUAUUAAAUUA